AUGACUUCCCUUAGAGAACUUCUCACAAAAGAAGGCUUCAACCAAACCAAAUCUGCCCAACAUCCAAACCUUAAACCACUGAGGUCAAAACACAAACUUUUACAAGAAACUCAAGAGAAAACAUCACUCCCUUUAUACAUCUGCCAUGAUCGAAAAAACCUCGAUUGCUCCAAGCACAAGUUAGACAAGUCCACUAUAAAAAAUAGGUCUAGGUCACCUCAAUCCAACACCACCAAAAGGGUUGGUUCAGCCUCUGAAAUAUCGAAGAAUUCCAAGUCAUUGGUAUCACCGGAUUCAAGAACAGUGGGGGGACCCCCUAUGGAUGAAGUUGCCAUCAGAGCAGUGAUCGCCAUCCUCAGUGGCUAUAUUGGAAGAUAUGUAAAGGAUGACUGUUUCAGGAAAAUAAUCCUAGACAAGUGCAUUUCUUGCUUGGUCAGAAGAAGAAACGGUUCAGAAUCAGAUAAUGAGAUUCUUGUAAACAUGAAACUGGGCAUGGAGAAUAUUGAUAAAUUAGUACAAGAUCAAGGAACAAAGAAAGAGCUAAAGAUUAAAAGUUUGAGGAAUUCCAUUGAGCUUUUAACCAUAAUUGCUUCAUUGAAUUCUAAAGCCUCUAGGGAAGCUUCUUCAACUUGUGGAAUACCCAAUUCCCAUCUCUCUGCUUGUGCUCAGCUCUACUUGGCAAUAGUUUACAAGCUUCAAAAGAAUGACAGAAUUUGUGCUAGGCAUAUAUUGCAAGUGUUUUGUGAUUCACCAUUUUUGGCUAGAACCUACUUGCUUCCUGACCUUUGGGAGCAUUUGUUUCUUCCUCACCUUCUCCAUCUUAAAAUUUGGUAUACCGAGGAGCUUGAGACCCUUUCAGCUUCAAGUGAAUGUCAUGGUGAGAAGGAAAUGAAAAUCAAAUCUUUGAGCAAAGUGUAUGAUAACAAAGUGGAUACAGGAACUACUAUGUUUGCUUUGUAUUACAAGCAAUGGCUUAAAGUUGGGGCUAAUGAGCCUCCUCUUCCUAUUGUCCCCUUGCCAUCAAGACCAAGUCAUGGAUCCUCAAGAAGAAGAAGGUCUUCAGAUUCUUUCGUUUUGCAUUCCUCGAUCAAACCAAACUUAUACAAGGAAGUAUUUGGUCCCGAACUAGAACCGAAACCAACAACUCUUGCUGACCAAAAUGGAAUGCUGACAAUUAGAUGGGGCUCAAGGACUGGUGAAAAUUUGUAUGGAGAUGAAUAUAACUGUAGUUCAUUUCAGAAAGAAGACAUGAUAUACUUUGGAAGAUCAUCAAGGCGAAUUGACAAGAAUCAUGCUGAAUUAAGGUCAGAGUCACAGAGAUUGGACUAUUUUCAAUGCUUUUCUUGCAGGGCUAUACGAGCAGAAAGCUUGGCGAACAGCAACUAUACAUCCAACAAUGCUUCAUUCAGAGAUAAAACAACUGUUCUUUCAAGUGAGUUUGUUGGAGCUAUUAAAACUAUAUGUUCAUCAGAUAUUCUAAGCGAAUGUGAAAUUGCAAUUCGUGUGAUUACCAACACUUGGUUGAAGUCUCAUGGUGACCCUCUAAUUGAAGAAGCACUGACACAAUCUAGUGUAAUUGAGGCCAUUCUGGAGGUAUUGUUUUCCUCCAGUGAUGAUGAUAUUCUAGAAUUGGCUAUAUCGGUUUUAGCAGAAUUAGUAGAAAGGAAUGGUGCAAUCAGACAAAUUAUAUUGAGCUCAGAUCCACAACUAGAAAUUUUUGUGAGACUUUUGAGAAGCACUGGUCUAUUUCUAAAAGCUGCAGUUCUGCUUUAUCUGUUAAAGCCGCAAGCAAAUCAGAUGUUAUCACCAGAAUGGGUGCCACUAGUACUUCGAGUAUUAGAAUUUGGGGACAUAGUUCUGACCCUUUUCACAGUACAAUGCAAUCCUCAAGAGGCAGCAAUUUACUUUUUGGACCAACUUCUAACUGGUUUUGAUGAAGAUAGGAAUUUAGAGAAUGCGAGGCAGGUUGUUUCACUUGGGGGAUUGACCCUGCUUAUGAGAAGAAUAGAAGAAGGAGAGGAACAUGAGAGAAAUAAUGCUGUUCUGAUAAUUUACUGUUGCAUUUGUGCUGAAGGAAGCUGCAGGAGUUUUCUAUCUGACAAUAUAAAUAAGACUUCUUUACUAGAACUCAUUGUUCUUGGGAAUAGUAAAAAUUCCAGUGGAUAUGCCUUUUCAGUGCUAGCUGAGUUACUCUUCCUUGAUAGGCAUGUACUUCACUUCCUAACUUCUCCCUGA